AUGUCUGAGGUACAAUCUCGACCAGCCCCUCGUGGCAGAGGCUCAGCUCGCGGCAGUCGUGGAGGUUUUGCAGCAAGAGCUGGUCGCGGUGGAGCGAGAGGUCACGCAACCAACAGCGAGAAUACAACCACUACUGCACCAAUUGAGCAAGAUAAUAGCGAAGUUGGUCAAUUAAAGAAGAAGCACGGCAACAAAGUCAGCACUAUCCAAGAAUUGUUUCCCGACUGGACAGAUCAGGAUGUCGUUAUGGCUCUUGAAGAAACAGACGGAGAUUUAGAAAGUACUGUCGAGCGCAUUUCGGAAGGUACCAUUUCACAAUGGGGUGAGGUUUCGAAUAAAAAAGAUCGAUCUAAGUCCAAAGCCCACGAAUCAAUCCCAUCUACCGGUCUUAAUGAUAUCACCAACGCUGGAAGAGUCUCUCGAGGUGGCCGAGCUGGAUUUGACGGUGCCAGAGGACGUGGUCGCGGCAAUGACAGAGGCAGGGGUGGUAGAACUCGUGGAGCACCAAUUGCGCAUACAAAUGGUACACGUAACGAAACUGCCGAAGUCUCUGUUCCUACGACUGAAUCUAGCGCCUGGGAUACUGCUGCCACUAAUGAAGACACCGCUAACGAUGCCGCUGCUGAUUCAUGGGAAUCUGCUAAACCUACAGAGGGUGAUGAUAGCUGGGGUACCACAGCAACCAGCGCUGCUGCCACAACUGCUGCCGCUGCCUCAACUGCCGCUUCGAGUAUUAUCCCUGAUGGUGUCAAGAAGAGCUGGGCAAGCAUGUUUGCUCCUGCUCCUAAGCCCAAGAAGGCCCCGGAACCGGUGGAAAAACCUGCAGAGCUUCCAAAAUCAGAAGAACCUAUCGAAGCCCCCGUUGUCUCAGAGCCAGAACCAGAACCUUCUGUUCCCGAACCACAAGCCGUUGAAACUCCUGAACCUGAGGCCUUGGUCGAAACGCCUGUCGAGCCACCUGUCGAGCCCGAAGCUAAUAUUAAUCUCACCCCAUCAAAGGACGAAUUGACCGAGACGAAUCUCGAACAAGUUCCAGAUGAAUCAGUUCCACCACCGAGUGCGACUGCUGCAAGCACUGCCGCAAGCUCAUGGGACCCAAGAAAUGCUCCUGGAAAUUCCACACCUUAUUCAGCAUUGCAAACUCAAACUCCAGUUGCUUCCCGUGCUCCAACCAGUGGUUUCCAAGCUUCAGCACUCAAGGCUACCGGAUCAUCAGGUCGCACACCAAGCUUCCAGCGCCGCGUCCUUGACCAGGAAGAGGCUGUUCGCAUGCCAGGAAAUCGCGAGGUGGACAGGGCCGCUGUACAAUUUGGCGCAUUCAACCUCAGUGGUACAGGCGAAGAAGAUGUUGAUGGCGAUCGUGAAGAACCAGAGACCAGGGCUCAACCACCCCAACACUCGCCAGUAGCCCCAAGAGCUACGUUACCUCCAGCGCCUCAACAGGCAGCACCAGUUUCUGAGACCUUGCCAACUCCAAAGCAAGCUCCGGGACUACCUGCUGCAAUCCACCCAAUAGCUGCACCCGGCCUUCCCUCCCCACAAAUCCAUACAUCUUCCCAAACUGCAUCUCAACAAGGACCUCAAGCUGGCUCUCAAUUGGGUCAGUAUGGUCGAUAUGGACAGCCGGGAUCCCAGGAGCAGUCUUCAUUGCCACAGAAGCCUUAUGAUGCUUUCAGCCAACAAGCUCCAAGCUCGCAAAGCCCAUUCGAAGGUUACCCAAGUCAAUCUCAGUCCCAGUCACAACAACAAUCCGGCGCCUUUUCUUCUGCACCGAACGAUUACUCUUCAUACUAUACCUCCGAUCCACAAAGACAAAAUUACAACAGCUACUAUCAGCAACAGUAUGGCUUGCAACAAGGUAGCCAAGGUCAACAGGAUGCAUCAGCAUCUCAAAGAUCUUACAGUGGAUACAAUGGACCCCAAGCUGAAACAUCUGGUCAACAAUCCCAAUCCCGAUAUGCCACUGCAGGAGAAGGACAAAACAGUGGACACACUACUCCUAACCCAGUAGCUCAAAGCCAACAGCCAACUGGCGCUGCUGCUCAAGCCACUCAACCUCAAUCCGGCCAUCCACAACAACCACAAGGAGCUAACUAUCCAUACGGCCAUCCUUACUAUUCCAGCCCAUACUAUGCUGCUUACAUGAACCAGUUCCAACAAGCUGGUGGUUACGGUGGUUAUGGUGGUUCUCCAUAUGGCGGCGGAAAGGGUGGUAUUCAUGGUCAGCCAUACCAAGGUUAUAUGUCUCCUGGUGCACCAUAUGAACACACUCCUUCUCCUGCUGCCAGCGGAUUUGCCGGAUCUUCCCUUCAUGGCCGUGAUUCCGCAGUCGGAGGAGGUUUGGGUGAUUAUGGUCGAGCUGGAUCAUCCCAAUCAUCCCAGACUCCACAAGCACUAGGUGGUGGAAGUGGUGGGUUCGGCGCUGCUUCUCAUGAUGCCUUCAGUCGUGGUGCUUAUCCUUCAGGCCAGCACUACAAUGGACCACAAGGCAGCCAACCAGGAGCUAGUGAUGAUUUGAAACCAUUCGGUGAGUCAAAGACAGCGAAUGGACCAAGCCCUUCUCUGUCUCAAGCUGGACGUCCUGGAUCUGCAACCAAUGCCACUCCUGGAUCAGUCUUGCCACCACCCCAAUCGCAACAAGGUGGAUAUGGUGGAUACCCAAGCCAUCUCCAAAGCCAUGGACUUCACGGCAGCCAAGCUGGUAGUCAAUAUGGCGGUGCUGGGGGUCACCAGGCUGCUGGACAAGGACAUCAGAGUAGUGGAUAUGGAGGCUACCAAGGUUACGGAGGUUACCAAGGUUUUGGUAACAGCCAACAACAACAACAACAACAACAACGCGGUGGAUGGGGCGGCAACUAUGGACAUUAA